AUGGGUUCUACAUCAGCUUAUAGCAAUGAUUAUAGCAAAAAUCCAUCUCCAGAUUAUUUCAAAUCAAGUUUUUGUCGAGUUUGCCGUCAUAAUGCUGCAAAUUUUAGCGUUAAUUCUGCUCCACCAAGUUAUUUUUUCGGUGUUUGCGCUGGGUGUCAUCGAGAAAGAAGUAACUCCUUUGAUUGUACACAAUCAUAUUCUCUACCAAGAUUACGUAUAACUGAGGAAAAUAAUAAAAUAUGCUUGGUUCCAGUUGAAGUUCCGAAUAAGUUGAAAGGUCGAGCAAGAAAUCGAAAAAACUCUUUGAUAUUAGAGCCUAGCAGCUUGUAUGAAUCUUUGCAAGAUCGGAAGACCACUUGUAACAUCAGGAACUGGUGGCCAGACCAUAAAUGGUGCGUUGUCCUGAUAUCAGUACUAUCUCUACUUCUAAUUAUUUUUAUCGCUACAACAAUCAUUUUCGGUAUUCUGCAAUACAGUAAUCUCGACAAAACAGAAAAUUGCAGAAGAAAAUUACAAAAAUGCGCUAAUAUGGUUUAUAAUUGGCUCAAAUGUGAGCAGUGUGAAAUGAAAGGAUAUAAACAUGCAGGAUUGGAAUUGGAUUUGAUUGAUGCAGUGGUCAAUAGAUUAUAUGACGAUAAUGAUCUCAUUCCAUGCUUACCUGAUAGUUCCAACUCAUCCGAUGUAGAAAACAUACAGUUUUAUAGAUGUCCCUUAGAAUGA